AUGUCUAAAGUCACCGCCCUGUUGAUCGUAGCCCUCCUCUGCGUAACUAUGUCAUCAGCCGCCGCCCGUCCUGAGCCGGCAUUUCCUGAUACAAACUUGGUCAAAACCCAACAGGAGGAGGGUACUGUUGGAGCUCAACAUGUUGAGGUGGUGGAUGAGAACUGCGAAGGAGUUGGUGAUGAAGAGUGUUUGAUGAGAAGGACCUUGGCAGCUCAUAUUGAUUAUAUCUAUACCCAGAAGAAGAAUCCAUAG